ACGGGGAGGAGGGAAGGUAGACAGGCGGGGAGUGCGAAUGCCAUGAGUGACAUGGCCGGUGAUUGUUCGCCCAGCAUGGCGGGUGUGAGUUCGGAUGGCGCGGGCGAAGGGUUGGCGGCGGGCUUCGAUGGGGAGAACUCCGACUCCGAUGGUGAUGAAGGACCGGCAGCCGAUUCGUCGACGAACCCAGGUGGAGGUGCACAUGGUCGGACCACCGCGAGACCUGCAUGUGGUACUCGGAAGAAGGGGGGGAAGUCUACAACCCAACCCAAGAAGAGCAACCUAUGGACUCUGGAAGAGCAAAUAGCCCUGGCGAGGAUCAGCGGCGAGGAUGACGCCCUCAUGGCCGAUGCGGAGGGCGCUCAUCAGCACAUGACAAGGACAAGGAGUGGCUCCGGCAAGCCGGGGUACUUCGACAUCACUACGGAGGAGAGGAAGACAUUGGGGAUACCCCUGACAUUUGAGAAGCCGUUGUGGGACGCCAUGAAGUGGUACCGAGAGAAGGCUUCCUUCAAUUGCGACAAUAUGAUGGCGUCGGAGGACUUGAGGGGGACAAGAUCGAGAGGAUCAGCGAGCGAGGCAGGUUCCGAAGGUGGGGAGACAGAACCCACCGAGAGUGCAGCGAAGACAAGGCGGACCGCAACUGGAAAAGUUUGGGGAGGCGAGUCAUCGUCCUACAUGUUCGGCAUGGCUUCGGUGAUGGAGGAAUCCACGCAGUCUCUCUGCGAGGGCCUAGACAAGGCUGCCGGGAACAUGGCACGUGCCACGACAGAAGGUGCUGCGCUCAUGGCAGCGAAGAUGGGAGAUAUGGCGACAAAGAUCGGGGCUGUAGCGGGGGCGAUGCGGCAAGGGAAUAGUGUGUUGGAGAUGCUGGUCGGGGUGAUGGUAGAUAGAGGGUCAGGGACUGGGCGGGUGGCCGACGACAGUCAGGACACAGACCCGUCGACGAAGUAGGGCAUUGCGGGUCGUCGAUUUCGAACCCGUCGUUAACCGCCCCUGUUUUUCCGGAAUGUGGUCCCGCGAAACCCAUCCCUGGC